CGGCUCGAGCUCUCGCCGAAAAGAAGUGUGGAGAACUGCUGGGCUCGUGCCGCUCGUGCCGUUUAGUUUGGUCGGCGUGCGAGCUUGUGCGAGCUGUUAACGCGAAUGUACCCGAGUGUCGCGGCAAUUUGCAGCCUCGUGUAUCGCCGAUCCGCCGAUACGGAGCGGGACGUUACCGCGUACGUUUCAAUCGGUUACUAGUCUUCCGUGAUGCCGCUUUUCAGCCCGCGUCUUUAACAGUCGAGUUCGAGAGCUUCAUUGUCAGUGCCGUUUGGGACGGCGAGCGGUUUGUGCGUUUUCAGGCCGAGGAGGAAAUUUCUCGUACUCGGGGCUACCAGCCGAUUGCAUCGACUGCGCGAGGUCCGGUUAGUCGGGUGGGUUAACAGCCGGAAUAGGGAUCGAACUGAGCUUGACAUCGUAGUGCACGCAACGCCAACGAAUUUUGCUUACAAGUGGCCAUAUUGCGCCUUCUGUGGAUAGAAGCAAGAGCCGAUAAUAAUAACAAGAGCUCGAGCAGCGAACGGCCGUUGUCGGGGAGCGACGUCGCAGCGACAAUGUCACUAUUCAACAAACCGAAGCGCAACAUACGUCGGCGUCCGUUCAACGAUGAAGACGAGGAUAACGAGAACAGAAUGGAGGUGGAGGACGCGCUGCCAACCAAAGUUAAAACGAAAAAGGAUAAGCCAAAGCAGACGCGCCUCAGCUUUGGAGAGGAGCUGGAACAAGGGGACGACGGAGAAGUUUUUAUAGUGAAGAAAUCGUCGAGGAGCAAAAAGCUGAUGAAACAGCUAGAUCACGAGAGGAGGAAAAAGAAAGGUGAAGAGAAAAUGCAAGUGGACACUGAGCAAGCAAAUAAAUCCAUUAAGCAGGAAAAAGAUUUAGAAAUAAAGACAGAUGAUCUAGUAGUUAAAAUAAAAAACACAGGACCGCUGAUUUUAAACGGACGAGCUGCAUUAGCAGCAGGAAAAGAUGACUAUACGUCGGGUGAGGAGGAAGAUGAGCCUUGCAGUCACAAAUUUCGGAAAAAUACAGAUAAAGCUGAAACUGUCAAAAUACUUCUUGAGAGUGGAUGUAUACCUGAUGCCGCUAUGAUUCAUGCAGCGAGAAAACGCAGACAAAAAGCAAGAGAAUUGGGAACCGAUUACAUUCCUAUUGAAGAGCAGAGUGACGAUAAGGGCAAGUCAAGACUAAUACGAGAAGAAGAUCACGAUCGAAGUGACGAUGAUGAUUCUCAAGAUCGACUAGAUAUGACUGUCAACACUGAAGCGCGUGAUAAAGAAAAAAGAAGAGAAGCAUUUCUUGCUUCUCAAGUUCCAUUAAAAUUUUCAGAUAAUGAAAGUGAGCAUGAGAACGAAGAAGAGGAGUGGGAAGCUCAACAAAUACGAAAAGGCGUAACGGGUGCUCAGAUUGCAGCAGCACAGCAGGAUUCUAUGCUGCAACAACAAUACACAAUGGGUAUAAAUCAGAUGAUCGGGUCUGGUGUACCAUUGGAAAUGGUAUUAAUGCCUGCACCGCCACCGCCACCGUCCAUUCAACCACCAGAUCCAACAAAAAUCGUACCUGUUACUCCACAAGAAGUUAUUAAUAAAAUGCGCGCAAGGUUGGACAACUUGAAAGAGGUUCAUAGACGGCAUCAGCAAGAUCACGAGCGUUUAGAAGGAGAAUUAGAGCAAGCCGUGAAAGAAUUGGAUGAAUGUGAAGUUCGUACGCCGCAUUACGCACAACGCUUCAGAUAUUACCAAGAGUUGCGUGGGUAUGUCACUGACUUGGUAGAGUGUCUUGAUGAGAAGCUUCCCCUGAUCACCGACUUGGAACAACGCUGGUUAGAUCUGUAUAGCGAGCGUUCAACGGAAUUGAUGGAACGAAGACGGCAAGACACAAGAGAUCAAGCGGAAGAAAUAACUACUGCAGCAAGAGGUCAAACCAUGAGAAGAGGACCGGAAGUAGAGGUUCAUGUACGACGAGCUACAGAGAGAGAAGGUAGAAGAGCCCGUCGCAGAAGAGCCAGAGAAUUAGCUUCAAAUAUGCCAAAGCAUAUUGAUGGCAUGUCUAGUGACGAUGAAGUCACUGAACAACAAAAUCUUGUAUUUAAGCAAGCAAAAGAUGAAAUUGAUAAUAAUUAUAAAGAUAUAUUUUCUGAUGUUAUGGAGGAGUAUUGUACAGUACGUGGUAUUCUUUCAAAAUUCGAAUCAUGGAGAGAAACGGACAUGGACGCCUACACAGAAGCAUAUGUUUCGUUGUGUUUACCUAAAAUUAUCUCGCCUAUUAUCAGAUCACAACUAGUUACUUGGAAUCCAAUUAUGGAAAGCACUGAUCUAGAGAGGACAAAAUGGUAUAAUGCAUUGCUUCUGUAUGCUUUAGAUAGUAAAGAAACAGAGGAGUCGUUGAAACAAGAUCCAGAUGUUAGAUUGAUACCAUCAACAAUUGAAAAAAUUGUGAUACCAAAAUUGACAUCUAUUAUCGAAAAAAUAUGGGAUCCAAUGUCAACGUCGCAGACGUUGCGUCUCGUAGGAACUAUAAAUCGAUUCGUUAAAGAAUAUCCUAAUCUGAAUGACACCAGCAAAUCAUUGGAAACCUUAUUUAAUGCUAUUUUGGAUAAAAUUAAGGCUGCUAUUGAAAAUGAUGUUUUUAUACCUAUCUUUCCGAAACAAGUUUGGGAUACAAAACACCAAUUCUUUCAAAGGCAAUUUGCAAUGGCUGUUAAAUUACUACGUAAUUUAUUGAGUUGGCAAGGCCUUCUUGGAGAUAUACAAUUAAAAAAUUUGGCACUAGGCUCACUUUUGAAUCGUUACCUGCUUGCUGGAUUGAGAGUUUCUUGUUCAACUGACGCUUUAUUUAAAGCAAAUAUGAUUAUGAAUACAUUACCAAGAGCUUGGUUGCAAGGAGAAACAAUUGAACAUCUCAAAAUGUUUGCUACACUUAUUCAACAACUUAGCGAACAGUUAGAUCAGGCAAACCCAGCACACAAUGAAGCCUGGGAAUACGCCAAAUCGAUCCUGAAAGUAAUCAAGCUUGUAUAAUGUGUUGAUCAGUAUAUACACACACAUACAUACAUAUAUAUAUAUCAAAUUUUUUGCUUUAGUACCAACGUGCUUGUUGAUGGAUUUUAUACGUAUAGCUUACAAUAAGAUUCUGUACAUCACAGUAAAUUGUCAAAUGUAUAAUAUAUUAAGAUACAGUUUUGUAUAGUAAUAAACUAAAUGAGACAACUCGCGACAUAAUAUACUUUUCGAUUGUACAUAAUAAGCAAAAAUAAAUCUGUAAAUAGUACACUCGUAAAUAUUCGAGCCUUGCCUUUAAAAAAUUACAGUUAACAAUUAAUAAGAAUUAUAUUCCUACGUCCAUACAUAAUAGUAAUGGUAAUGCAUAUCUGCAUAUGUUUGCAUGUAUAUUGUAUAAAUAAAACUGAUUUUAGUGU